CUUCAAAACAAACUUAUUAUUCACAAUGGCCAAUACACGAUGGGUGUACGCUUCUGGUUCGCAUUGGGUCAAUUUCGACCGGUCUACAAGCCAAGCGAUUGAAAAACUGUUCUACGUUGGUGCCGCUGGUUGGGUCCAUGUAAGAGCAUUCGGCGGUCAAGUCUACGUCAAUGCGCCAGCAUGCUAUGUAUGCGCAAGCAAUGGCUACCGCUUCACAAUCGCUCGCAUUAUUGAAUGAGAGGCUUCUAUCAAUUUAAUUGGUUACUACUAAAUAGCCAGCCGUCUAACAUGUACUAUAGUUCCAUUUUAUUACCUUUCUACCCUCCUUCCAUUUGCACAUAGAUAAACACUGUAUAAUUGUUCGUCGUUUUAAAUAUAGACACCCCCUCUCAUUCUAGC